GUUUCAAUAAUGAAAUUAUGAAAAUUAUUUAAAUAAUCGCGCGAAAAGUACAUCACGACCUUAAUUGUUAGAAUGAAAUUAUUAAUCGAACGAGGUUCACGGCAAUCCCGGUAGCUAUUGAACAAACGGCCGACGUACGCGGUCACAGAUAUCACACGCGACUGCGAUAUGUUUACCACGCGCGAUUACCGUAAUCAUUAUCUUCCUAAUUACUUUGUUUCUCAUACACUCACUUCGAUAGUACGUUCUUCAUGCUGAUUGGUUGAGUCCUCUCGGUGUAAAAUUCUCAUGGAAAACAUCAUUCGUUUUUCUCAAAAUUUUCCAGACAGUUACGUGCACUUGAAAAAUCAAAGGACCGGUCGUAGAAUCGUAUACCUCGUAAAAUUUCGUUUUUUCAAUUAUUUAUAUUUGUACCAAUACUUUAUUACGCGUCACUCGAAUAUACCACAUUUUAUACGAAUGUCAAAAAACACAUAAAAUAUAUAAAUUAUAUAAAGUUGCUUGUGUGUUUCUUGUAUUAAUGAAAAAAGAUUCGUAGUAACAUACGCAAAAGCGUAUAAAACAAUAUAUCAAAAAUUAAGUAUGGCGUUAAUCCUAUCAGCUGAUAUCGUCUGCUGGAAUGACGAAUUGUAGUUCAGUUUCUUGGUUAAACGGUGUCUCUUUAAUUGUUGUAAAAACAAUUUCUGCUCUGAUGGUUAUUCUUAUAAGUUAAUAGGUUUAUCAAAUUCCGAUAAAGGAAUGGCUGUUUUAAUGACGCAAUGACUGUGUCAAAGUUUGUAAUGGUGAAUAUAUUUGAAAGACAAGAACUCGAUUGAGUGCGUCACUGACAGGUGGUUCAGUAAUGUGGGGAAAUAGAUAGAAUUACUGUAAGAGCGAUCUUUUACACGAUCGGCGACGUAAAAGAAUCUGCCGUACAACAAGCGGAUUCGGUUGUGAUGAGCGACUCCGAACAGCGGCAAUUGCAUGUGCCUUAUAGAGAAUAUCAUAGCCAGAAUAACACUAACACGUCUGCUCUGGUGGAAACUGAUGCAUUGGUAGAUCUGUCGAUUACAUCUAACAAUUGUUUACCAGUGAACAGCAACGAGUGCCCUGAACUAGUGCCAGACGUCGAGUUUGUUCCAAACCUGAGCAACGAACAACCUAUAGCCAUUGAUUCCCCUGGAAUUGACCGGGAGAGCCAGCCUCUCCUUGGUCGGUUAGAGCUGGAUGUCACGUUCAAUCGUUUUCCUGAUGAUCCACAGUUCUCAGAGUUGGUAUGGCAAGCUGAGUGCGCUAUAGACAAUGGGAUCUUUCCCGAAAGAAUUUAUCAAGGGUCUAGCGGCAGUUACUUUGUAAAAAAUCCUUCAGGGAAAAUAAUAGGUGUAUUUAAACCAAAAGAUGAGGAACCUUAUGGAAGAUUGAAUCCAAAAUGGACAAAAUGGAUGCACAAACUUUGUUGUCCUUGUUGUUUCGGAAGAAGUUGUUUGAUACCGAAUCAGGGAUACCUGAGCGAAGCUGGUGCAAGUUUAGUUGACCGUAAAUUAGGUCUCGGCAUAGUUCCAAAUACUAGAGUAGUUAAACUUGUCAGUAAAACGUUCAACUACCCACGCUUAGACCGUCAAAAAGCUCGGAUGAAGCAAGCAAUCAUGGAUCAGUUUCCUACAGUAGGCUCUCAUUUUAAUCGCAUCGGUUUACCACCAAAAGUCGGCUCCUUCCAAGUUUUCGUAGAUGGUUACAAGGACGCCGAUUAUUGGCUAAGACGGUGGGAAAGUGAACCUCUAUCGCCGCGUCUCGGUAGGGAGUUUCAACUUCAGUUCGAGCGCUUAGUUAUUCUGGACUAUAUAAUCAGAAACACUGACCGAGGUAACGACAAUUGGCUAAUUAAGUAUGAUAAUAUUGUGGGGAAGAACGAGUCGGAACAGGGUGAGGUGAAAAUCGCCGCAAUAGACAACGGAUUAGCUUUCCCGUUCAAACAUCCUGAUUCUUGGCGUGCCUAUCCUUAUCAUUGGGCAUGGCUGAGUCAGGCGAAGCAACCUUUCAGCGAGGUAACGCGGGAGCUCGUGUUACCCCAGCUCUCGGAUCAGAAUUUCGUGCAAGACCUUUGCGACGACUUGUAUCAAUUGUUCAAACAAGAUAAAGGUUUCGAUCGGCACCAUUUUGACAAACAAAUGAGUGUUAUGCGCGGUCAGAUCUUAAACUUGCAACAAGCUUUAAAGGAUGCCAAAAGUCCGGUACAAUUGGUUCAGAUGCCUGCUGUGAUCGUUGAAAAGUACGUGCAGCCGCCUCGAGUGAAGUCGUUCGCGCCUGAGACGAAGUACUGUCCGCCCUCGAGAUCAUUGGACGCGAACAGCACCUACCACAUGUCCUAUUUGAACGUGGACCACAGAGACGCGUGUCGCAGCCGGUCCCAACCGAUCCGACCCACCCCCGCUCUGGGGAAAUUCGAGGGGACGUUCUCCGACGAGACGACCAGCAAACUGAGUUACAAGCCCAUCGGUCGUGUGCCGAAAUCGAGGCCGAUCCUGCCGAAGCAAAGGUCGAUGAUCGGGACAGGUCGCAUGGACUGCGUGACCACCGUCCGUCAGGAUUUCGCUGAGAAGCAUAUCGACAGGCCGGAGGUCAUAGUUCCUUGCGGACACAUCCGGUUGAGUACCGGCAAAGUGGACGCCGAUACCACCGCGAGGCUGUCGUACGCGGACCCAGGCUCCACGGAGCGAACGGUUAAUUUCAAACCGAUCAGGGUUUACCGUGUGCCCAGUGAACCGGUGCAUCACGAGACUACCCAGAAACUGAGCUAUCAGCCUGUUCCGGUUCCAGAGAGAGAGUCUUGCCCUUGGCGGGUCAAGCCGACCUAUAGACCCCCAGACACAGUGAUGUGCGGACAGACCACCUACUCCGAGAGUUACGCGGAGAACGAGCCCUGCACGGAGAAACCGAUCAAGCCAGCCAGUACUCCACUGUUCCCUCGCGACGGCGAAUUCAUCGGCAGAACGAUAUACAAGGAGAGUUACCUAGAAUCGAACGGCGCCGAUCGCGUGCAACCGUUCAUCCCCUGCAACAGCAUCUCCAAACCGGACGGCAAGAUAUCAGGAGAAACGACCAACAAAUUGAGUUAUCAACCGGUCCGAGCCGACGAACGUACGACGCCCAUACUGCCCCGGCGCAGGAGCAUGAUGGGAGACGGUCCGAUGCAAUCGGAGACCACCAGUCGCCGCGACUUCGCGCCGAAGACGACCGCCAGGCCGGAGCCGAUCGUGCCGACCGGUAAUCUCCGCAGCGCGGACAUACCGAUGCUCGACACGACCACCGCGAGAUCAUCGUACGCGAUACCGGGCCCGACGCAAUGCGCUCACAGUUACAAGCCUGUCGUUCGAUACAACAACUAUCGUUGCAGAUUACCGUACAAAAUCGAUUCAGAGACUAUCAGCAAACUGUCCUAUCAGCCGUGGACUCCGUCCGUUAAGGAGAGCGUGCCAUGGGCGGUGAAACGGAAGUAUCAGCCGCCUACUGACUCUAUGUGUACAGACACUAUCUAUCAAGCUAGUUAUCCGGCGCCCGGACACUUUGAGGAGAUAUGCGAGGAACGCGAAGAUUGUUUGGCGACAAAUGGCUCCGAAGUUUUUCACUAGAAAUAUUUCAAUAUUUUCUGAUGAGACGAAGACGAUAUUUAAAACCAACUCGACGAGAAAUUCGAAUUGACGGACAAGCUAUUUUAUGUCAAUAUUUCCUAGAUUGAUGCAUUAUAUGAAGUAUAGCCUACUACCAUCAAAUUAUUCGAUUCUCCACGCAUCCGAAUUUUGCACUAAGGAAUGACAAACGACUGUUUCUAACCCUUUGCACUCCGAAGUUUUUCACUAGAAAUAUUUCAACAUUUUCUGAUGAGAUGAAGACGAUAUUUAAAACCAACGAGAAAUUCGAAUUGACGGACAAAGCUAUUUUAUGUCAAUAUUUCUCAGACUGAUGCAUUAUAUGAAGUAUAAUAUUGAAUAUCAACCUUUAUAGCUUCACCGUAGAAAAUCAAGUGACUGAGUCACCCCCCGAGUGCAAAGGGUUAAAUAACAUCGAAUGUCAGAGAGAAUAUUUUUAAUCGGAGCCUUGAAACAAGACUGAGAAGGGAAAUUGUUCGAGUCGAAUUAAAAGAUAUUUUAUUACGGUACGUUAAUAGACGAACGUGUCUCAAUUUAGUCUUAUAUGUAGUAUAUACUAUAUGUAUAUAUAUAUAUAUAUAAUGAUUGCUGUAUACAGGACGAUGAAUAUAAUAAACGUUUUAUCUUUUACAAACA